UCACUCCCGCACCAUUUCAAUGGAGGAGCAGCAGCGCUGUAGACAGCGGACACACAAGCACCACGACCUCAGCGCCGUACAGACGGCAAUCCGAGGGACGUCUGAAAAAUGCUGUUCGUCGCUAAUGUGAGAUCAAGCUGCCGGAAACGCAGACGGAGAAAACAGGUGAAAGUAAACUAAUUACGUUCAGCCUGACUGAAAAAGGACAACUUGGAGCGUUCCUGAUGCUGGAGUUGAGAAUUCGCUUGACUUCUGCUUAAACAGAAGGGCUAACUCGUACAAGCCACGGUAGAACGAUUUCUAAUCGGAGUCGCGGGAAACGUAUGGACGUGAAUCGUCAGACCUCUGUUUUAAAGCAUUACGAGGUUAAAAACAUGCACAAAAAAGAGCCAGUGUUAUCUUUGAUUGCGGAGGUGGUCCUCAGUUCUGGUAACAUUACGAACGGUUACUCUAGCAAGCUCGCUGACAAUGACGGUAGUGGCUCUGAGAGUGGAUACACAACACCUAAAAAGAGGAGAGCGAGACGCAGCAGCACGAAAGGCACAGAGAACAUGAGUCAAGAAAAGGACAAAGUGGCCAAGCCCUAUUCUAAACAGGAUACUGAAACUUUAAUCCCGGAGAUGUCUGGGAAAGGGCUGCACUCUCGACUUAAUUGCACCAAGACUUGUGUUAAACCGGAGGUGCACACGGUGGUCCGUAGGACCGGUGUUCGGGACGCAAGCCCUGUGGCUGAGAUUCAGCCUAGAAACUCUGAGAGCAAGACCUCACUUAGUCUUGUUGGUAAAAAGAUUGAUGAUAGGAUUAGUAAAACCAAACCGAGCUCCUCAAUGAGCUCUAAAGAGGACUCAUGGACUUUGUUUAAGCCUCCUCCCGUGUUUCCAGUGGACAACAGCAGCGCUAAGAUAGUCCCUAAAAUCAGUUAUGCAAGCAAAGUUAAGGAGAACCUCAACAAACCGAUUGCGGCCAGUACAGAGAUGACCCAAAUGCCUGGAAAGCCCUCACACGUUCCCAUGUCUGCUUUAAAAACCGUCGUGUCCGGUAGCUUUACUAACCUCUCCGCAUCUCUAGAUGCUAACGGGUGUUACUUUGUGGAAACAUCAUUUGAUUCUGCUGCCGAUCUCAGCAUCGCACCUUCUGAUCCCGACAACCAGGAAGAGAAGGAAGUGCAGUCUUUUCCGGAUAACGGUUGCAACUCACUGUCUUGUUUGUCUGCUCCGGAGCCACGGAAAACUUUUGUUUACUCGCACAAACCUUUAAAUAUGCAACCCCCUGUUGGUCAGUCAAAUCAGAAGGCUCUCGGGGACAUCUUCCAGAACCAGUGGGGCCUGUCGUUCAUCAACGAGCCCAACGCAGGCCCAGAGGGGGCGCCGGUGUCUCGUCUGGUCGUGCCGUUUGAGAUCUCAGACAUCACGUUUCAGGGUGGAAACGUUCCGUUCCUCAUCCAGCCAUCCCUGACCGCCGUUUCUCUCCCGGCGCCUCAGGGCGUGCAGAGGAGGAGUAACGGUACGGUCGUGGCUGCCAUUCAGGACUGUCCACAAGCCCAGCCUGUCCAUCAGGAAGAGCGUAAAGAGGAGCGGAGAAGUUCUAACCCUUCUUAUGAGGAUUUGGACGCCCAGUCUACGAGGAACUCUCUGCUUAAUAGCGUAAAGAUGCACACUGUAAAAGAGCAGGAUGGAGCUCACGUGUGGGGAUGGGCUGACCUGCAAGCUGCUGUCCUUUACCACACUAAAGAAUUUGAAUAUCUUCUCACUCUUCACAAGCAAGAUCCAAAAAGGGUGAUCUAUUAUGAGGAGGUCAUGGAUGGACCUGAACAUUGAGGUGCUGAGUACCAGUACUAUGUCUGCUCCACCUUGGGUGCUACAGUCAGAUCUGAUCCUGGAUGUGAAUCAUUCUGGCCUAAAACAACCAGACAGAACUGAUAAAGAGACAGAUGUGUGGAAUGACGAAUGGACUUGCUAAAGCUUUGGCAUUCUGUGGUUUUCUCUGCACGCGAGACCGCCGCGUGCUCGACAGAGGCAUCGGACUACACACAGACACUAUAGUGACACUGUUUAAGAGGAAAGUGUUUUGUCUGGAUGGAUCAGGUGUGGGGAUGUGAUGCAACCACCUCAGAGCCUUCCAGAUACAAAUACAAGCUUCGGUCGUUUUUCUUCCACCUUAAAAUCAGUCAUGCUUGCUUUUUUUCUUUAUUUUUUUUUUUUUGUGUGUGUAAUUUAUGCAAUGCACAUGAACUGUCCUUGAGGGCAAAACCGAGUGCUUCCUGACCUCAACCAAGGAAGGAAGGAAGAAGUGAAAUGAAUUAGUCUUAACUUUAUCUGCUUGAAAAGAAAGCCAGCCCUAAACAGAGACAGUUUUGAAAAAAACUUUUUUUUUCUUGUUCAAAGAUCCAGCUUUGCAACAAACAGAAGCCUAGUUUGAAAUCACUUUUUGGCUCAGCAGGUUUGUUGCAAAACUGCUGUUUUUUUUUUUAAUGUUUGCUUUCCGGAGACGGUCGUUUAGAUCUCAGUAUUAUUAAUUCCUGACCCGUCAUCAUAGAAAAGAAGGUUGUUGCUUCGAGUUGCAUUUCUCAGUUAUGCAUUACUUGAAAUACACGGCAGCGCUGAGAAAAUGGAAAAGGAGCGGCCUACCGAGAGAGAGAGGGAAAAUAAAAGCCUGUAAUGAAUGUGUUUGGAUCGGGGGAAAACUCUGUGGCAUCCCACACUGACCAAGCUGAACAUUUUACAGUAAAUAAAUAUAAAUGACUCCGUUACACGAGCUGCCGAGAGUCAGCCGUAGUCGGACGAAGCUGUGCUUGGACUUUUCCGUUGUUCCCGGUUCAGGACUGUAACCCGAACCUUAAUAUUUCUUUGCACAUUUCUGUUGUGAGAGCUAACGUUAAGGCUGUAACCCUAAUCAGCAGAUUGUGUUAAAGCCUCACCAUCUACUGUGACAUUUCAUGAGCAAGGCCUUUCUUCAGAACUCUACGGUACACUGUGCUGAGUUAUAUCACGGUCACUGUUUUUAAUCGUCUUGGCAACACAGACCAAAGAUCGGGCCGGAGUAUAGAUAACCAUCUCUUAGGCUUGGUGUAAAUAAGCAUCCUUUUUUUCUUUUUCUUUUUUUUUUUGGUAUUCUUUCUUUCUUUCUUUCUUUCUCCUUAUCAAGCAAAGGUGUUUGUCUCAUCAUUAGUAAUAGCACUUUAUGUACACGUACUGAUUUAAAGAUGACUACACCUAUCUGAAACAUGAGUUACUAACUCCUGCUUCAAUUGGCUUGGGGCUGUUGUGCUUUCGAGAAUAAUUAACUCAGGUAGAAUCGGGGAAGCCAUUACAAAGCGGAAUAUUUUUUUUUCCUUUCCUUUUUAUACGGUGCAUACGGUGGAGAACGAUUCCGGCUGGGGGUCUGCGUGUGUUAUUUUUCUCUGUAUUCGCUCUUCAGCAUUACUCCUGCUGUUCUAUUCCAGCAGGAGACUUACAAUGUUGAGUAGCAGUGGUCAGUAUGUUUCUUUUAAAGGUGCAGUUUGUAAUUUUUAAAUGUUUUCUUUAAAGGAGCUUUCACGCUAGUUUAAAAUGUUUGUAUCACAUCCAGAGUUUUUCUCUACACUACAGCUCUGGCUCAGUUUAAGAAAAGCAAACAAACAAAACAAUAACAUCCCACCCAGUAGGUUUGAUUCAGUUCCUGAGAUGAUUCAGAGUUGAAUCAUUUCUCACUGUAAUCAAAUCACACUGAAGCUCACUUUAAAGCCUUUAUACUAAUGAGCUGCUUGUUUUGGGCCACACUCGAGGAUUCUCUCUUGCAGAAAAUAUGCACAGAGGAAAGUAGAUCCUCUGAAAUGUACUAAACGCUAUACAACAAAAAACACACACCAAAAGUUAACCCGGAGAACGGCCACGCAGCGUGAAUUUGGCUUGUUUGUUUAGUUUAAAGCUUCUGUUUACAGUUUUUUUUGGCCCAGAGAUCUUUGGGAAAGCAGCUCAGUUCUAAUGUGUUCCCAGCAUAGUGGGAGUUGUUAGUUUUGGUUACGCAAGGAUUAAAAUAUCGUCGUCGUAUUGUCUAAAAAUGACACACUGCACCUUUAAAAGAUGACACGUUGCUACUUUAACCUCAGCCUGCCAUAAAAAGUUAGAUUCUCUUGGGCACCCCGUUAUAUGCAAUCGCAGGAGUCCUCUGUGGUUCCUUUAUUGUUUUUUUAUGGAUUUCAGGCCCCAGUUUUUCUCUCGCACAAGGGCUGAAAACUUGCCGAGAGACUCAGAAGGUUCAGGACGCUCAUUACUGUGUUUUUUUUUUUUUUUUUUUUUUUUGGGGGGUCUGUGAGUGAAACGGCAGAUUUGAGCGUUUGCAUGCUUCGCUGUUGAACUGUCGGUAUUCAAUAUUGACUUUACAGAAAAAAACCUAGCUUUUUUUGUUUAAACAAGCUUCCAUUAAGAGCUGUUUGACAGGUUUAGUUUUUUUUUUCAUUUAUUCAUUCAUUCAAUUGUCACCUCAUUCAUAGUGUGUAAGUGUUUUGUUUUUUUUUUUCUUCAAUUUUUUAAUUUUAUUUCUGUUACAUGAUCAGGAAACACUGCAACUUUUGUCCUGAGAAGUGAGGUGACAUCUUUACAAUAAUAUUUUAAGUUCAUCAAUAAGCGCAUCAAUAUUUUCAGUUCCACAUCUUAAAAUCAUGCCACGCCAUUGAAUCACCUACGAUAGUAUUUUGACUUAAAUAAAUAAAUAAAUAUUUAGUUGUAAUAUAGAUUUUAAGUUUUAUUCGCACUGAUAAUCUUUUCUGAAAUGGUUUAAAAAAAAAAAAAUAAAUAACCAGAUGAGAAAUAAUAAUUAAAAUUCUAAUACACAAUAUUUUCAAAGCACUUAUUUCAGUUUUACUUUAUAUAAAGAUACAAAUUAUCCUGUAAAAUACGACGUACGUGCUUAAGUCUGGUAUUUGAACGGCUGUGUCUAGGCAUGUGCUGAUUAUCUUUUUAUAUGAGAUCCGACAAUACGGCUAAGAAACGCCAGUCGGUUUUCUCUGAGUCGAGUAAUUUAUUAAUAAAUAUAGUAUUAUAGAAAAGGCGAUAUUUAUUGUUUUUAAUGUUGGCACAUGUCUAGAUGCAUAAUAGCUUUAGAAAUUAACGAGGAAGAGCACAGACGUGAGUGUGAGAGUUUGUGUUUUGCCCUGAACGUGUGCAAUGGCAUUUUGACUCCAGACCUUAAGAUAUGCAAAUUUUCCCACGCUUUUCUUUGCUCUUGCCUCCUGUUGAAUCGACUUACCUGUGCCUGAACAAACUGUUUGAUUGAUUAGAAGUUUUUAAUAUCUUUUUUUUUUUUUUUUUGUUCAGGUCGUAUUUGAAUACUUUUCUUCAGAAACAAUCGGUGCCGUGAUUUCUUGUUUUUUUUUUUUUUUUGCUGAAUGAUCUGUUCUGAUGUCUCUUUUACUUUUUUGUUUUUUCUUAGCGAGGUGCGAGGUGACCUUUUGAUUGUUUUAGGCUUGUGUUUGAUUAACAGUCUGAACACUAAAUCACUAAAUCUAUCCUCAAGCCUUUGGCAUAGACUUUUUUCACUUAACUGAAUAGAUUUACUUUAUCCGUGUCCGUCGAUUAACUUCCAUCAGUACGUUAAAUACGUUCUUUUAUUUAUUUUUCCCCAUGCACACAGAGUAGACUUUAACUUUUAACACUGUGUUUGGGACGAAUGCAUGUUUAAUUAAAGAAAUGUAUUAUGUAGCUGAAGAAUAUUUUAGUCACGUCGAACUGAGUAGUUUGCUCUCGAUAGAGUUGAGAUGCGACGACUGGAAGAGAUAUUUCUUAUUUUUCGGUGAGCUGCAUUUGGCAGUUGCAGAAAAGGGAUCGAGUGAGUUGUGGCUCAGGGGUGGGUAAAUGAUCGUUUUAUUAGCUAUUCCACCAGGUCAAUAAAAGCUCAAUUUUCUGCCCCGUGUCACGUUUUGGUUGCUGGGAAACGUCUUGGACCAGACUGAAAAGUGGUAGCUCGUAUAACAUAAUCUAAUGUAACGUAAUUAACUGUAGCUGUGUACCAAAUUAAAGUGUUUUUGUUCUUUUUAAAGUCUAUAAUAAGAAUAGUUUUAAUAAGAAAAUAUUUUCCCUGCUUUGUCCACUGAGCAACUAUAAAUAACAUCGAAAAACAAAGAGCCCAGACCAUCUUUCUGUUCGUUCCAGUAUUACAAGAUUUGUUCAACCCUGUGACUUUUAGGCCUUUGAUCAACCGCUGAUGUGUUUGUUCGGUGCUUAGAUUAGAUUCUGCCUCUUGGACAAAAGUCUCUUUUUAAACAAACACAUGCGAAAUGCCUCAAUGGGAAAUCUUUACAGGAGACGCGGCAUUAUGUAAACAGUUCUGUUUAUUAAAUAUUUGAAGCUUUUUUUUUUUAUUGCUAUAUAUCUGAUUGAUAGAUAAUGAAAUUGGAGUUGCUAAUAAUUGUAUUACGCUCACGAAAGAACGAUUCCGAGGUACUCGGCAACUCUGCGACUUCGUGACCGAGAUGACGACUGCUAACUGAUUUAGGACACACGUUCAUGGCACGUCGUAGGAUCGGAUUCUGAAAUUUUGGGAAUUUGACGUCAAACCCGAUACGCGUGCGACAUGUCAGAUCAGUGUCCUUCAUUUGUACUGUAGGUGUGUAAGGAACUGCUGCUGUCUGUAUCUCUAGCGCUCCAAAUACUUUUUUUUUUAAUUAAUUAAUAUCCCUUCUGCUUUGUCUCUGGUAACUUUAAGGGAAAACGCAGCAUCGUCAGUGUUCGCUUACGUCUCUGUUUUAUUGGAUCGCUGCAUCCCAAAGCUUCAUGUACAAGAAAUAUAUGAAGCAAAUGUCAAAAGUGCUGCUUUCUUGGAUUGAUGUGAUUUUGAAAGUGCUGGAUGUUUGUCCUGUUCCUUGUUUUGUUAAGGAACUUAAUUGUGUGUAUCCUUGAGCCAUGCACUAAGGUGUCCAUAGCUGUAAGGAGUAGUGAGUGUGUGACGUACGUGCGUGUGUGUGUGUGUGAGAGCGAGAGAAGGAGAGAAUUGUGUAUAAAGAGGAUAAUCGCUGUGCCAAUGUCGUAUCAGGUAAAUAUCACAGUGCCACGUCACACUAACUGCCAGCUCUGACUUAUCGUAUCCUCGACCACGUCGUCUCGUUUCAUCUGUUUGCACACUGAUGUCGUUGGAAUUCUUGAGACAGUAAUUCUUGUAUUUUUUUUUUCUUUCUUCAAUUAAAGACAAAUCUCGUCUCCUGUAAUUGAAAUCGUGAAACUGUUUGGAUGUAUUCAUUUCGGACGAGCAUGAGAGUGUCCUUUUCAGCUUCCCCAGCCAUGUAAAACAUUCAAAAGUGUUUUCAGAUUUUUUUCUGUUCCCAUUAAAAUGUUGAAUUGAUUUGAA